UUGGCUGUCGAUCUCAAACCAGGAAGAUCGGAGCCAUUAUGGAGAGUAUGGAUUGUAAACAAGAUGUCGAGGAGAGCAUAGAGUACAAAUCAAACCUCCAAACAGGUUUAUUUGGCCUCCAGAAAGUCAUGAGCAGCUGUUCAACCAGCCUGGCUCCUGCUCGCAGCUUUGGUUCAGUCUGCAGCCCGCAGCUCACUUCUUCUCUAACACAGAUGUUCAGCAUGUUGGACACAGCUGCAGAGCAAAUGAUGGUCCAUAAAGACUUCCAGGCAGCCUUUGACACAUGCGACAGAGGCAUGGACAGUCUCGCCAACAUGGAGCAAGAGGACAACAGAUGUGGAGAGAUUAAGGCUGGCUUCUGCAUCUUAGGAAUUCAAGCACUGGCUGAGCUGAAUCAGUGGCAUGGUGUCUUCUCCUGGGUCCUGCAGCAGUAUAAGCGCCAGGAGAAAAUACCAGCUAAAAUAAUGCAGAUGUGCAUACUUCUUUACUCCAAGGUGGGAGAGCCAGCCGUGAUGCAGGAGGCAGCCAGAGUUUGGUUACACUGCCUAUCCAACAGCACAGCAACGGGGUUCAGGACUGUGGCGGAGCUGUAUCUGCUGCAUGUCCUCGUGCCUCUUGGACACAGAGAUGAGGCUGUGGAGCUGAUCGUCGGUGAGGUUGGAAGUGUUGCGUUCACAGAAGACCAGAGGCAGACGGCACUGGAUGUGGUAGAAGAGAGAGAGCGACAGAGUCAAGAACUGCCUCUCGAUCCUGGGACAAGUCCAAACUCUGAGAUCACUGCACAUCCUGUCUCAACUCAAGGAUCUGUAGUCCGUAAACUUGCAGCCAUGCUCAGAUUUGUCUACAGAAAACUGUUGGUGACUGGCUCUGGCUCCUUCCCCCUCCGGAGACUCUUUCUGGCUGCCAUCCUUCUCUACAUGCUUUUUUUCCGAAUGGAUCCAGCUCUUUCGUCUUCAUUCAUGUGGAUUUCCAACCUUCUUGAACUGCUCAGACAGACGUGGAGUGCCAUGUUCGCACCGUACUAUCAGAUUUUCACUCAGAGACUGUAAAGAAGAUCACAAAAUGAAUUUCAUUCACUUUGUUGUGUUGGCAAGAGAAUAUGGUUUAGCGCCUUUUUCAAGUUUCGUCAUGUAAUUUCUUUACUCCACAGAAAGACAUUUCCAGGCGUAUUUGCUUGUUUUCUGAGUCAGAAACUACAGCUCGCAGGUCCAGAUCGUUCAUCCUAAAGCAACUCCUUCUUCAUCAUAAUAACAACCAGGGAAUUAAGAGUCUCACAGAGAUGAACAUGUUUUUUUGUUGUUGUUGUUGUUGUUUUUUUUUUACAUCAGUGUCCUGGCUCAGAAAGCAGAAGCACGUACACAUAAUUACAAGCCAUAUAACAGAGACUAGAUAAGAUAUGAAAGGAAUACAGAAAAGGUACAUAAUAACAUAUGUAUUUAAUUGUUUUUCUGGCUUGUGAGAUAAUAUGAUUGUACGUGUACAGCUG